UGCAAUAAUUAGUGUGAUAAAGAGAGAGAGUGUGCAGCAAAAACUGAACCCGAAUCAUGUCUAAUAACAUGUGGAAGACUUUGUGUGUGUUACUCUGCCUGACGGCCGCUUGCAGCGCAGGACCGCUGACCGCCUACCAGAAGAGAAAAAACACAGCAGCGAUAGUGGCACGCGAGGAUAAGCCCGAACCGGCAACAGCUGAAGUCCAGGAAGUGCAGGAAAUGGAGUCGGAGUCGGAGGCCGCGCCUGCAGCAGCCCCAGCAGCGCCUUUGGGCACUUUGACCCUGCCCAGCAAUGCCACCUCCAUAAGGGCGGACAUCACCGACAACUUUUCGUGUGCGAACAAGACUUAUGGCUACUACGCGGAUGUGGAAAACGAAUGCCAGAUCUUUCACGUGUGUCUGCCGGUGACUUAUGCCGAUGGCAGGGAGAACACCUUCCGCUGGAGCUUCAUUUGUCCCGAGGAUACCAUUUUCAGUCAAGAAUCCUUCACGUGCAUGCGUCGCGAGGACAUGACCAUCGAGUGCGAGGACAGCGCCCGGUACUACGAGUUGAAUGGAAACUUUGGCGGCGCAGCUGUGCAGGAGGAGGAGAAGCCGCAGGAGCAGCAGCAACAGGCAGCUACAAUCGCUGAGCCAGAGGAGGAGGAGGAGCAGCAGCAGGAGGAGAAGGAUAAGCCUGUGCAGGCUGCAGCCGAACCCGAGGCCGUGCCAGUUGCCCAGCCCGCUAAGCCCGUCAAGGUGCAGUCCAAGCCCAAGCCCAAGCCCAAUCGCCGCAAGCCACAGCCACAGCGCAAGGCGCCCGUCACGGAGGCAGCACCCGUGGCCGCCGAAACUGAAGCUGUAGCAGAGCCCCUGGCCGAGUCCAAGCCCAGCAGCAAGCCACAGCGUUUCACCAUGCGGCCACACAAGCAUCAGCCUGCUGUGGCUGCCCCAGCACCUGCCUCUGCGCCUGCGCCCAGCCGCAACGAAAUCUUUGCCGGCAUUCGCAAGCGUCCAGCGAUCUUCAACAAACCCACAACCACACCAAAACCCAUCGUGGAGGAGGUGCAGCCUGCUGUCACGGAGGCCGCGGUAGAACUCAGCGAGCCACAGCCCACAGUGCAGCUGCAAACAAUGUUCGAGGAUGCGGCACCAAUCAACGUGGUGGAAGAGGUGCAGGAGCAGGAGGUGCAGGCUUGGGAGCCAGAGGUGCAGGCCUCAGAGCCAGCUGUGGCCAUAGCACAGCCAGAAGUUGCCACAGCAGAGGCAGAAGCACCCACAAGGAUUGAGAUUGACACAAGACUCGAGGAGAUGAAGCCCAUUGAGGCUAUUGAAGAGAUUCCCGCUGUUAUUGUCGAGACUUUGGAGGCAGCCAAGCCACAGGAAACGGAAGAGGAAAAGACACAGGCUGCCGAGGAGGAGAAGCCACAGACUGCAGAGGAGCAAAUCAAGGAGGAGCCAACUGUCGAAGGAGAGAGGGAAGUCCCAAUUGUCGAAGCGGAAAAGGAAGUGCCAUCAGCCGAAGAAGAAAAGGAAGUGCCAGCCAAGGUUGAGGAAAUCGUAGAGGGAAACCGCAACGAGCCCGCCAUUAUCGAGUCCGACGAGGAGAUCCUCAGCAGCAUUGAGGCCCUAGAGACAGCCAGGCCAUCGGACGCACCAGAGAGCAUCGCAGCCACGCCAGAGAUGCAGGAGCACAGUCCCCUGGUGGAGGAGAUUCUGGAGGAAAAUAAAGACACGCAGGAGUCACUCGGUGGCUUCAAGCCCGUCGAUCCAGCGAUGGCCGCCGAGGCGGAGCAGCUGAUUACAGAUUUCCUCAAUACACUGAAGAAAAACGAAGAGAAACCCGAGACUGAGCUGGCCACAGCAGCCAUGGAUAUGGCGGAGACUCUCAACGAGAAGAUGGAGCAAUCUCCAGAUGUUUCCAUUGAGGAGGCCAAGCUGCCAGAGCCCGAAAUCGUUGACAAGAAUGCCUCGAUUGAGGAGCAACUGAUGGAGGAAUCAGAGCUGCAAAAGUCACCCGAAAAGCUAAUGACCGAUUCGCCCAUUAUAAACAUAAUGCAGUUUAACCAUCUGCCCAUGGACUAUCAGAUACCCGUGCAGGUUAUCCCAUUGGAGCAGCAGAUGCAGCCACAAAUGGAGAUCAAUGCCAAGCCAGAGGCGCCAGAGGAGGUCAAGGAGGAAGUCGCACCAGAGGAAGUCAAGGAAAUCGCACCAGAGGCACCUGCAGUAGAGGAAACUUCUGCGAUUCAGCUGGAAACAGAACCCGAAAACAAACCCGAAGCUUCGGCCAUCCAAAACGAUGAUGCGGCUGCCCAGGAGAGCAUAGCCACUGCCUCGUAUAUGCCCUCAAUCAGCAUCGAUGAUAUUGUGGAGCUCGUCAAAGAGCGCUUGGAUCAGACGCCCAAGAAUGAACAGAUGGCUCCCAUGGAGCUGGUCAUGACACCAGGCGCUGCGGCACCAGUGACGCUGAUUCAGAGCACAAAGCCCGAAGCUCAGCCUGAGUCUGAGUCUGAGCCUGAACAGGAGUCUCAGCCUGAACAGGAAACUCAGCCGGAACAGGAGCUAAUUCUGCCCAUUUACAAGCGCAUUUCCAAUGCCGAGCCCAGCAUGUCCAAGGUGCAAACGCUGCCCGUGACUGUCAGCAAGUUGGACACAGAAACGGAAACGGAAAAGGAAUCCCAGUCUCAGCUCGAGGUGCGAGAGCCCAAGUCCCAGUCUCUGUCCCAUGGCAAAAUGGAUGCUCGAAAGCGUCGUUUCCUGUUCCGCGCCGAUGCCAGUUAGGCAUUUCUUCUAGCCAAAAAAAUCAGCGAACGAACUAGAGGAGCAGCCACGCCCGUUCACGUCCUAGUUCCCCCCGCCCCCCUCUCAUUUGCGCUUUUAGGCAAGUCUUAAAUUAAUUUAAUAUUCCUUGAUUUCCUAGUUUUAGAGUCACUUCGCGGCACGAGAGUUGAAAUUUAAGCUUAGAAUUGUUGUUGUUCCAACGAGUUAAACAAAAAACAAAUUAAAAAAAAAACAAACAAAAAUUUGCAAAC